UACCAACAAAGCCUGACUCAAGGCGAUCAUAAAUCGAAUCAUUCAUCGCAUUCGUAUCGCCACAGGUUGAUUGAUUGUUGAAUUGGUUUUCGUGGCUUCAAACAGUAUCAUUAGCGUUAGUUAGCCAUGAGUGAAAAACAAGAGCUGAACGUGGCCGAGCUGGUCGAGAACGAGAAAAACAAAACCAACGUCAACUGUACGCACUGUGGCUCGCUAAUGCUGAAGCCGGGCUGCGCUGAUUACGUGGAAAGUGAGUACGACCUGCCCGAGACGCACAAGAAGAAGCGACCAGCGCCAGAUGCCGGACCAACGGAGUUCCCCUGCGAGAAGCUAAAACACUUUUGGGUCAUCAACGACAUGUUCACCUUCGAGAACAUUGGCUUCUCGCACACGGUGGACCAAACAAAGUUUCUGAUUUGUGCCGAUUGCGAGAUUGGCCCAGUCGGUUACCAUGACCUCCAGACGAAACGAUGCUACGUGGCACUGCAGCGGGUGAAACACGUGGAUGCCUGAAUCAGGAAGUUUCUUUUCCGUUCCAAACACUGUAUAAGAUGUUUAACUAUUUAUUCUUAAGGAACAUUCUAAAACUAUGUACUCUUAUCAAGAAGUAAAACUAGAACCUAUUUUCCGAA